CCGGCAGAAGGGCGUUAACUCAAAAUUUGGUAAAAUUUUCGAUUUUCAAAUUUCGGUAAAAACUUAAAGAGAUUAACAAGACCUUUCGAAUGAUGUGCUUUUUAAUUCAUAUAAUUGCGUAAUUGUUACGUAAUACACCAAAAUGAAAAUGGCGCGGGCAGCCAAAAAUCAAAAGUCUUCCCAGCAGAAGGUCGUAAAAGCGCGCGUGACGUAAUUUUAUUCCCAGCAGACGGUCGCGAUCGGAAUCCUGCUAUCUGCUACGACCUCCGAAUCGGGUAAGUAUUUGUAAUUAACUAUUUAAAAAACAAAGACAAAGUAUACAUUUUCAGCAAUUUAGGACAAAAUAAUGUUACUCUUACAGUAAUUUUGCUAGAUCGUGAGAAUAAUGUUGAAAAUCUGCUAAAACAUUGGACCGUUUGUAUCGUUUUUGUUCAAUCGGUCCCAUUUGUGGAUUUUUGUGUUUGUUGGUCUGUGUUUGUUAUGUCUGUGAGUGUGAGCUGUGUGUUGAGCUUUUGGAUGCGUGUAUCAAUCAUAUAUGAUUGUUUACGUCUGGAAACGAUUCAUAUGUGAACUAGUAUCUGGAGGCAUUAAUUGUGGGCUUUAAAAAAAGUCUUGGUUCAUAAAAAUAGGACCCAAAUCAAAUUGACCUCGUACUAGAGUAGAGACUCUAGUCUACUACUACUUACUUUACUAGGCCUAGGGUCUAGUCGUUAAAGACUCGUACUAUCAUAGUGCAGGCGCAGGUCUACUCAUACUCGCCUCUACUCAUACAGUCAUAUAGAUAUACUAGUCAUUCUAUUUGUAUAUGCCUCACUCCUACAAAUCAUUACAAUGAAUGCAUGAAGUCUAACCAUAGAUUGGAUGGCUAUAUGGCUAUGGUAUGGAGUAUCUAUGGCACAUUAUUGUUAAUCAUUGUAGGAGUGAGUAGAUCUAGAUGUAGGUCUAUAUAUUUAAUUUACAGUUAGACCUCAUGCAUUGUCAGAGUGGAUAGAGCUAGCUUUAGUAUAAAAACGAUGCAUGCGCAUGAGUUCAUCAUAUGAUCUAUCCGCACUCGAGUUGAGGCUGUGCGUAUCUAUCGCACAAAGCCAAUACACACAGCAUCAACGUGGGUGGAUAGAUCCUAUAGGCUAUACUAUAAUGAACGAAUGAAAUCAUGCAUCAUUUGUUUUAUACAAUGAAACCCUGGUGUAAUGCGUUAUAACCUGACUCAUGGAUCCUGUCAAGUAUCGACGUAGUAGUAGAAGUAGAAAUAUCCAAGAACAUAACAUUUAAUGAUACAUAAAUCUGAACAUAAUCAUCAUUGUGAAGUAAGUGAGUGAUCUUAAUCGAGUCCAUAAACAAGAUACAACACUGAGUCCUUUACUUAGUAGUGUGGAACAUAAGGCAUGGUAUCAAUUAAUGAAAGCACACAAUUAGGCGUUCAGGAAAAAAACAUGGAGAGUUUGUCUGUGAGGGGAUUCAACAUUGAGGACCUAGAAAUGAGGCAAAGAAAUUAAGUAGAUUUAAAUCUAAUUUCAAUGUUUAAACCAAAAUCUAUGAAUAAUAAACAAAUGUGUUGUAUAUUUCAAUGUACUUUUUCUGAAAAAAACUGACGUAAAAGUGCAUAUAUUGAUGAUAUACAUGUAUGUUAUGCGCAUUUGAUAUACACUCCUUAAAUCUAGAUUAUAGCAUAUCCAUUUAUAUUCUAUAUACUAUGCCGUUUAAUUUAUCAAGCUAUAUUCAACAUUUGUCUACAGAUCAGCAUGGAUUCUAUUGCUGCCAGUGCUGCUUCUUCAACCUUGAACGAUGAUCCUGAGGAAAAUGUCCCAUUGUCCAGAUUGAAAGGAGACCAGCGAACAUUGACUUCCACCUCCGAAGUCAUCGAGGAGGAGGAGGAUAAGAUAUUAUCUUCAAGAUUGAAAGGAACAGACCAGCUUUCACCUAGUCCCAGCCUAACAGUUCCCCCCAAAACGAACAGCUCAACAGUUUCAGGUGACGCCCACAUCGAAAUGGAUGAAUAUCAGGUUAUCACCACUGGCGGCAGAGCAGUUACACCUGGUAGCUCAUCUAAGCUUGACUCUGCUGACGUGACACCUGGUAGCUCAUCUAAACUUGACUCUGCUGACGUGACACCUGGUAGCUCAUCUAAGCUUGACUCUGCUGACGUGACACCUGGUAGCUCAUCUAAGCUUGACUCUGGUGACGUGACACCUGGUAGCUCAUCUAAGCUUGACUCUGCUGACGUGACACCUGGUAGCUCAUCUAAGCUUGACUCUGCUGACGUGACACCUGGUAGCUCAUCUAAGCUUGACUCUGCUGACUUGACACCUGGUAGCUCAUCUAAGCUUGACUCUGCUGACGUGACACCUGGUAGCUUAUCUAAGCUUGACUCUGCUGACGUGACCAUUGUCACAGAAGUUCCUCUGUGCAAUGAAGAGCCAAUGGAGCUGGAUGAUGACGAGAUCAACAUGGAUCCAACCACUGACAUUCUGGUCCAAUGGGAUGAUGGAAGUAAAAAUGUGGUGGUCCUCGGUGAUAUCAUGUGCAAUCAGUCAGCACCAAAGAAGGGAUCACAAGUCAGCAUGCCUUGGCGCAAGGUGACAUGGCAUGGGGUGGUGUUAGCUGUUGCUGACAGUGCUGCCUCGUCAACUUCAGACGAUGAGGAGGAGGAUAAUAUUCCACUGUCAAGAUUGAAAGGAGCAUACCAGCUUUCACCUAGUCCCAGCCUAACAGUUCCCCCCAAAACGAACAGCUCAACAGUUUCAGGUGACGCCCACAUCGAAAUGGAUGAAUUUCAGGUUAUCACCACUGGCGGCAGAGCAGUUACACCUGGUAGCUCAUCUAAGCUUGACUCUGCUGACGUGACACCUGGUAGCUCAUCUAAACUUGACUCUGCUGACGUGACACCUGGUAGCUCAUCUAAGCUUGACUCUGCUGACGUGACACCUGGUAGCUCAUCUAAGCUUGACUCUGGUGACGUGACACCUGGUAGCUCAUCUAAGCUUGACUCUGCUGACGUGACACCUGGUAGCUCAUCUAAGCUUGACUCUGCUGACGUGACACCUGGUAGCUCAUCUAAGCCUGACUUUGCUGAUGUGACACCUGGUAGCUCAUCUAAGCUUGACUCUGCUGACGUGACACCUGGUAGCUCAUCUAAGCUUGACUCUGCUGAUGUGACACCUGGUAGCUCAUCUAAGCUUGACUCUGCUGACGUGACACCUGGUAGCUCAUCUAAGCUUGACUCUGCUGACGUGACACCUGGUAGCUCAUCUAAGCUUGACUCUGCUGACGUGACACCUGGUAGCUCAUCUAAGCUUGACUCUGCUGACGUGACCAUUGUCACAGAAGUUCCUCUGUGCAAUGAAGAGCCAAUGGAGCUGGAUGAUGACGAGAUCAACAUGGAUCCAACCACUGACAUUCUGGUCCAAUGGGAUGAUGGAAGUAAAAAUGUGGUGGUCCUCGGUGAUAUCAUGUGCAAUCAGUCAGCACCAAAGAAGGGAUCACAAGUCAGCAUGCCUUGGCGCAAGGUGACAUGGCAUGGGGUGGUGUUAGCUGUUGCUGACAGUGCUGCCUCGUCAACUUCAGACGAUGAGGAGGAGGAUAAUAUUCCACUGUCAAGAUUGAAAGGAGCAUACCAGCUAGCAUUGUGUUCCACCUCUGAUGAUCAAUAUGAUGAGGAAGAAAAUGUCCCGUUGUCAAGAUUAAAGAGAGCAUACCAGCUUUCACCGUGUCCUAGCCCAACAGUUCCCCCAAGGAUGAACAGCACAAAAGAUACCGAUGACGCCCACAUCAAUAUGGAUGAAUUUCAGGUUAUCACCACUGGCGGCAGAGCAGUUACACCUGGUAGCUCAUCUAAGCUUGACUUUGCUGACGUGACACCUGGUAGCUCAUCUAAGCUUGACUCUGCUGACGUGACGCCUGGUAGCUCAUCUAAGCUUGACUCUGCUGACGUGACACCUGGUAGCUCAUCUAAGCUUGACUCUGGUGACGUGACACCUGGUAGCUCAUCUAAGCUUGACUCUGCUGACGUGACACCUGGUAGCUCAUCUAAGCUUGACUCUGCUGACGUGACCAUUGUCACAGAAGUUCCUCUGUGCAAUGAAGAGCCAAUGGAGCUGGAUGAUGACGAGGAAAUCAAUGUACCCGUCAAUGAUUUUCAGCCCGAGAGUGUGUCAUCGAGGUCCAACUCUACCCAGAAAGAAAAAGUGCAAAUUCCAGGACCAGUUCACAGCGUCUCACAUGCCCAUACUGGAAAAGAGCACCCCCAAAUAUGUGAGAAGAGCAAAGCAAGGAAAAGGGUUGCUCAGCCUCAGGAAUGGCAGCAAAACAUCCAAAAAACUAAGCGGAUCCAUGGUCAACCCUACCAUUCACGAAAUGGAGAGGCACGUGAUGCACGUAAGGUUGGAGAACCAUGUAAGGAUUCGUGUAAACUUAGGUGCAAAGAUAAUUUCAACCCUGCUCAGAGAAAGGCAAUUUUUGAUCAGUAUUGGCAGUGUGGCUCUUUUGAGCGCCAAAGAGAUUUCAUUUGUGAGAAUGUAUUUGAUAAGCAGGGUAGUUCAGGCAAGAAAAAAAAUAAAACAUACCUUCUCCCAACAAAUAAUGGUAAGCAGAAUGUGUGUCACUUGUUUUUCCUGAGAACUCUAUCUAUUUCUCAGAAGACUGUUCUCUACACAUUACAGAAACGAGAUGGGGCAUUUUCAGCCAAAGAUAGAAGAGGUAGACACCAACCUUCAAACAAAACAAGUAAUGAUGACGUGAACGCUGUGAGAGAUCACAUAAGGCAGUUUCAGGUCAUUGAAUCGCAUUAUUGUCGUGCAUCCACUUCCAGGCAAUAUUUGCCUGCUGACUUGAGUCUACAGAAAAUGUAUGACAUGUAUGCUUCCCAAACCCCAAUUCCAAUAUCUAUCAAGGUUUAUCGUAGGGUCUUUAAUACUAAUUUCAAUCUAGGCUUUCAUCCUCCAAAGAAGGAUGAAUGUAAGACUUGCUCUUGCUUUAGCAAUAGCAACGCAGAGGAAAAAGAAUCAAUGGCAGUUGCAUUUAAUCAACAUCUGAAGAACAAGGAAAGAGCAAGACAAGAAAAGAAGAGUGACAAAGAGAAGGCCCAGACUUGCCCAAACAGUGCUGCCUUCACGUUUGACCUACAGCAGGUUCUCAGCUGCCCAUCUGCCCAAACAUCAGUACUAUUUUAUAAACGUAAGUUGUCUUCAUACAACUUGACAGUGUACAGUCAGGCAGAUAGUGAGGUACAUUGCUAUAUGUGGAGUGAGGUUGAUGGGAAUCGAGGUGCCUGUGAAAUAGGCUCAUGUCUGAUCAACCAUCUUCUCUCUCAACCUGAAAGUGUGACGGAUGUUUCACUUUUCAGUGAUUCAUGUGCAGGCCAGAACAAGAAUAAGUAUAUUGCUGCUGCAUUAUUACAUAUUGUUCGGACUUCUUCUAUCAAUGUCAUAGAUCAGAAGUUCUUGGAGUCGGGACACACUCAGAUGGAAGUUGACUCUGUUCAUAGCACCAUAGAACAGGUCAAACGUAAGGUCCAGGUACACCAUCCAGAUCAGUGGCCUAUGGUUGCAUCCAUGGCACGUCCAAAACAACCUUACCAUGUGAAGCAGCUCAGGUUUGGUGAGUUCUUCGACUUGAAGAAACUUGCUGCAGAGAUUCUGCACAACACCCAGAGAGAUGUGUCUGGAGAUAAAGUGCAGUGGACUAAGAUGAAGCACUUGAGGUAUGAGAAGAGUUCUCCUCUUACCAUCAAAUUCAAGUAUGAUUUCGAUGAGGAGUUUCAUGAGGUGAAGGUCUCUGCAUCUGGCAGGAGGAUGAAGAAUUCCCAACUUGAAGCACUCUAUGAUUCACAGCUUCCGAUAAGUGCAGCAAAGAAGGUUGAUCUGGUGAACUUGUGCAAUAUGAAUGUAAUUCCUAGUGUUUACCAGAGCUUCUACAGAGAUCUACCUGAUGGAGAUGGUCACCGCAAUUGUGAAGAAUAAUUCACUUUAUUCUGUCUUCCUUGAUUUUUACUCUAACUUUUCAGUCUUCUGUUUCAUUUACAGGAUUAUAUUCACUGCCUGUAAUAUGUUGACGGUUUUGAGGUAAGUAAAAAAGAAAGCUGAUGCUUUUGACUUAGACACUUGACUUGAUCAAAUGUCAUUGUUUGAGUUGUAAGCAAAACAUUGUUUUAUUUAAACGAUAAAGCUGCCAACAGAGAAAGCUAACAAGACUUUUCAGAGUUCUGAACUUGGAGGCUAUAUGUUAGGAUGUUUGUGACCAAUACUAAACACAAAAGCUCUUUUUAGAGCUGUAUGUACAAUGAUGUACACACAAACUUUUUUUGAGAGCGCUGAUAUAAUCUGUUCUCAUGGUUUUGUACACAAAAGCUCUUUCAGAGCUAUAAAAUGUACAGAAAUGUACAUAACAGCUCUUUUCAGAGCUACAUACAUGUUCAGUAAUAAACAAAAGCUCACGUUAGAGCUAGAACGUGCUCAUCACAGAAUACAAAAAGUUCUUUUAAGAGCUACCAUGUUGUAUUUUCUGUCGUGAGCGUGUGCUACAGUUUCACUUAUUGUAAUACUUUUUUUAAAUAUUGCCUUUCAUAAUGCUGAAAUAUUGGUCAAUCCAUUUUCUCUUUUGCUAACAUACUGCACAGUACGUUAAAUGCAGAAUACAAAAAGUUCUUUUAAGAGCUACCAUGUUGUACUUUCUGCCAUGAACGUGUGCUACAGUGUUACUUAUUGUAAUACUUUUUUAAAAUAUUGCCUUUGAUAAUGCUGAAAUAUUGGUCAAUCCGUUUUCUCUUUUGCUAACAUAUUUACUGCACAGUACGUUAAAUGCAAAAUACAAAAAGUUCUUUUAAGAGCUACCAUGUUGUAUUUUCUGCCAUGAACGUGUGCUACAGUGUCACUUAUUGUAAUACUUUUUUAAAAUAUUGCCUUUAAUAAUGCUGAAAUAUUGUUCAAGUAUUUUCUCUUUUGCUAACUUACUGCACAGCAUGUUAACUGCAGAAUACAAAAAGUUCUUUGAAGAGCUACCAUGUUGUACUUUCUGCCAUGAACGUGUGCUACAGUUUGACUUUAUAUUGUCAUACUUUUGUUAUAUUGCCUUUAAUAAUGCUGAAAUAUUGUUCAAGUAUUUUCUCUUUUGUUAACUUACUGCACAGUACGUUAACUGCAGAAUACAAAAAGUUCUUUUUAAGAGCUACCCUGUUGUACUUUUUGCAAUGAACGUGUGCUACAGUUUCACUUAUUGUCGUACUUGUUUUUUAUUUUGGCCUUUGAUAAUGCUGAAAUAUUGUUCAAGUAUUUUUCUUUUGUAAACUUACUGCACAGUUUUUAAAACUAUCUACAUAUUUAUUGUGAUUUCUACAUUUUCUUUAGUGCUUUUAUUUUUAUAUGUACAAUGGCAAACAAGAACAUUUUAAUUACUUUGAAGGAUUAGAAUAAUAGGUACUUUGAACAUGAGCUGUAAAAAAAUAUUUCCAAUUAUUAUGCAUUGAAUAGAAUCCAGCAAAGAUUGUAGAAUAUGAAUACAAAAGCUCAUUUUAGAGCUAGAACAGGUUCAACGCAGAAUACAAAAAGUUCUUUUAAGAGCAUUCUGCCAUGAACGUGUGCUACAGUUAAAUAAGUUCCAAUUUUGAUAUGCAAACAUCAUUGAUAAUGAUUUAUCAAUUUUCAGGGCUUAAAUUAAUCCAAGGCCACCAAGGCUAUGGCCUUUGAUGCCCCUUUGAUUGGCCUCAA